AUGAAUUCGGGGUUUACUCUAGUGAAAUUCAGAGACGAAGCUACUCGUGAUCUAAUUUUAGAGACUGGUGCUAUUCAUUUUGACAAAAAACCAGUGGUCCUCCGACCUUGGACAACCGACAUGGAUGCAGCCAGAAUGAUUAAAUCGGUACCAGUGUGGAUACGGCUGAAUGGGCUGGGGCUUCAAUAUUGGGGUAAAACCAAUCUCAGUGCCCUUGCGAGUACAAUUGGGAAACCGAUAAUGGUGGACAAAGUCACUAUGGAAAGAUCUAUGGUUAAAUUUGCUCGGGUUCUUGUGGAUAUGGUGAUCUCCGAUAACCCCCCAAAGACUAUUUCGUUCAUAAAUGAGAGAAAACAGUUAAUGGAACAAUCGGUAGAAUAUGAAUGGCUUCCAACGAAGUGCACUGCUUGUGAUUUUCUAGGACAUACAGUGGCGAACUGUAACAAAGAAAACAAGGUGACUUGGAAGAAGAAGACUAGUACAGCUGCUAAUAAAGAACCUGAUGAACCAAUUGGGGGAGUUUCCCAACCGAUAGUGAAUGAGACAGCAAGAACUGAUAGGACUAUGGCAACCAUUGAGAAUGAGCAGGUGGAAAAAGGACAGAAACAGGGGUCAAUGCAGGUUAUUGGUGUUGCAAACAGUGAAUGGAUGACUCCAAAAAGAAAAGGAAUGAAGAUUGCUAAUGUAGUUGAGACAAAAGCUAUAGAGAAUUUCAAAAAUGGAUAUGAAGUCUUACAAGAGACUAUCGAUGGGAACUUGGAUCCGCCUAUUUCCAUUACUUUUAAUGGAGGUGUGUAA